AACUCUACCCCACAUGUUCCGUGCUGUUGGUGGGAGGAGGGAACCAAAGACGUAGAACCGCAGCGCCGUACCGAAGUUAAAGAUCGCCGAAACCGCAGGAAAACAUAUCCCAAUCCUUCGACCCUCGACAGCAAUGGCAGGACGUGACAGAAUAGCCCACCUCCUUCGACAGCUCGAGAAAGCUGCGUGCAGGUGUCCUGCACAUUCCAACACAUAUCACCAAGGUGCUGGAGCUGCGGCGUGCACGGUCAGAAAAACCGACUAUGCAUUUGAGAUGGCCAGCUCCAACAUCAGAUAUGGAGAAGGGGUCACCCGGGAGAUCGGAAUGGACCUUCAGAACAUGGGGGCUCGUAACGUGUGUCUGAUGACGGAUAAGAACCUGUCCGUUCUGCCGCCGGUGAAAGCAGUCCUGGAGUCGAUGGCACAGAACGGAGUGAACUACAAGGUGUAUGACCAGGUCCGAGUGGAGCCCACGGACACCAGCUUUAAGCAAGCCAUCGCCUUCGCCAAGAAUGACUCCUUCGACGUCUAUGUCGCGGUGGGCGGGGGCUCGGUGAUAGACACCUGCAAAGCAGCCAAUCUGUACGCCAGCCACCCUGAGGCAGAGUUUCUGGACUUUGUCAACGCUCCCAUCGGGAAAGGGAAGCCUGUUACGGGCGUCCUCAAGCCUCUGAUUGCAGUUCCCACAACAGCCGGAACCGGCAGUGAAACCACGGGAGUGGCCAUUUUUGAUUUUGAAGAACUGAAGGCCAAAACUGGAAUAGCCAGCAGGGCCCUCAAGCCAACCCUGGGGAUGGUGGACCCGCUCCAUACACUGCACAUGCCUGAGAGGGUCGCCGCCAACAGUGGCUUUGACGUGCUCUGCCAUUCCCUGGAGUCUUACACCGCCCUGCCCUACAACAUGCGAAAGCCCUGUCCCCCAAACCCCAUCAACCGCCCCGCCUACCAGGGCAGCAACCCUAUCAGCGAUGUCUGGUCAAGACACGCCCUCAACGUGGUGGCCAAAUACAUGAAACGGGCUGUUCGAGAUCCAGAGGACCUCGAGGCGCGUUCCAGCAUGCAUCUGGCCAGUGUGUUUGCAGGGAUCGGAUUUGGAAAUGCAGGAGUUCAUUUGUGCCAUGGGAUGUCAUAUCCCAUUGCUGGCAAUGUCAAGACCUACAGGGCUAAAGGCUACAAUGUGGACCAUCCAGUAGUGCCUCAUGGACUUUCUGUGGUCCUCACAUCUCCAGCAGUGUUCAACUUCACUGCCCCCAUGUGUCCAGAGCGCCACCUAGAGGCUGCUGAGAUCCUAGGUGCGGACAUCAGCAGGGUGAAGCGGGAGGAUGCCGGCCCACUGUUGGCUGACACACUGCGUCAGUUUCUGUACGACCUGCAGGUGGAGGACGGGCUGAGUGCCGUUGGUUACACCAAGGACGACGUGCCCGACCUGGUCAAGGGAACCAUACCUCAGGAGCGGGUCACCAAGUUGUCUCCCAGAGAACACACUGAAGAAGACCUGACUCAUCUGUUUGAGGCCUCUCUUAAGCUCUACUGAGUCUGGGUCCUAACCCAACUCUUGACGAGACGGAUGAACACACGCACUCCACCACCUCCCGAUCCAGUCUUUCUAGGCUUUUUGUUUUAAUUAUUAUUGAAUUAAUUAAAUGAAACACUGAAACACACUCAAUCUUCUACAUUGAGGAAAAUGCCUACCUCCUUGUCUUAAAUGUUUUUAUGUUUAUUGAAAUAAUUGUUAAGGUCCUUUUAACAUGUCAUCUUGAUUCAGGAAUAUCUUUGGUUAUAAAAUAGUAUUUGCGAUCCAUUCUCACUAAGAUCCUAUCUUGGCCUGGCCUGGGAUUGGCUGGGUAAAACUAAUAAGCUAAAUGCUGGACCAAUCAGAAUCGUUUUGUGGUGUGGUUUAUCUGACUUUUAUACAAUGCUAAAUAAAGCUUGAAUAGUC